CCUAACCUCCGUUCAAUCAAUGUAAGACCGCGUCUCUUUUAGCAAUUUAGGAUUUUAGCCUGAUUCCUGUGUAAACUUUAAUAAUUGACGAAAUAUUGUGUUAUAAAGUACAUUAGUACUGUCCAAUACACUCGUCGCAACCUACAUAUUUGAGUAAAAUCAUUUACUGACAGUAUUAUCGUGUGAUUUAUUGAGCGGUCGUGUCGGGGCCGUACUCUCACUAGUUUUCGUUUGUUUUUCGCGUAUCAGUGAAAAAUGGUUCGUGGUACGGGUAGAGGAGGCCGUGGUAUGCCAGGGCGCGGCGGUAUGGGUCGCCCGCCGUUCAACAGGCCGAGGGUGCUGCUGUUGCGCCCUCCUUUUGAUCUGAUAAUGGCCGAGCCUGCUUUUCCUAGAUGUAAACCUGCCCCUGAUGACUCUGCGCUUACACAGGCCCUGUUAAAGAGGCAUGCAGAGCUGUGCCCGACCCCGGCGGAGCAGUCGGCUGUUCUCAGCCUGGUCACCAAGCUGCAGACGGUGCUUGACAACCUGGUGGUGGCUCCGGGAGACUUUGCUGCUUGUCAACUGGAGGAAGUGAGGCAGGUGGGCUCCUACAAGAAGGGCACUAUGAUGGCGGGCAAGAACGUGGCCGAUAUUGUGGUCAUCAUGAAGACCCUGCCCACCAAGGAGGCUGUUGAGGGGCUCUCCAAUAAGGUGACAGAGGAGCUAAACAAGCUGCUUGCGGCCGAGGGCGGGGGCUCCGUGACGUGCUCCUGCCACGAGCGCGGCUUCACCGCGCAGGGCGCCGCCGCCGCCGUGCGCGUGCUCGUCACCACGCUGCACCACAACCUGAGGAAGCUGGAGCCCGAGGUUCACUUGGAGUACAAGGUGAUCAGUAGCCACCUGGCCGCCAUCCGCCACAGCCGCUGGUUCGAGGAGAACGCGCACCACUCCUCCAUUAAGGUGCUGAUCCGGCUGCUCCGCGAUAUGUGCGCGCGCCACGCCGGUCUCGAACCCCUCACCCCGUGGAUGAUCGACCUGCUGGCGCACCACUGCAUCAUGAACAACCCGCAGCGGCAGGCGCUGCCCAUCGCCCAGGCGUUCAGACGCGCCUUGUCCCUGCUGGCCGGAGGCCUAUUCCUGCCGGGCUGCGCCGGCCUCUCGGACCCGUGCGAGGCCGCGCACGCGCGCGCGCACACCGCGCUCGACCUGCAGGCGCAGGACAACGCCGCUGCCACUGCGCAGACACUCCUGCGUGUGGUGGCUCGCGGCGGUCACCGCUACGUCCUAGGCCUGCAGCUCUUCGAGGGUGGCAAGGACAUCUCCGGCGAGAUCACCGUCUGGGACGGAGUGGUUGUCUCCCCCCUGGCCCCCGCUUACAGCGACGCCCCCGAGCCGAUGGAUACUGACGACAAAGAAGAAGAGCUAGCCAAAGGGCAGGCGGUGGAGAAGCGCUCGCUGCCCAAGCGCAUCCGCGGCGAGAUGCGCGCGCGCGAGAUGAUGUUCCGCGAGUCGCUGCGCAUCGGCGCGCACCACGAGGACGAGCGCGAGCGGCUCAAAAAGUUCCAAGAGAACGAGAAGCGGCGGUAUCGCGCCGAGCAGCAGAGGCUGGCCACCAAGCACGCCAAGGCGAGAGAAGAGCUCAAGGCUGCCGGGGAGGCGUUGCUCCGCGAGCUGGAGCAAUACCAGAACGAGAAGCGCAAAGCCCUCAUGAACCACGAGAGCAACAAGAUGAAGGCGGUCGAGGAGCGCUACUCCCACGAGCUGAAGGAGUGGCGCGCCACGCUCGGCGACCGCAAGAUGGCGUUGGAAGAUGAGUUUGCAGCCCAAUUGGAAGAGCAGGAGCGGCAGACGGCAAACGCGCGCCUCCCGCCGCCGCCGCCGAGCAUGCCACAGCACAGCUCCGCGCUUCACUCGUCGCGGACCAGCCUGGCUUCCAGCCAUUACGACUGACGAAAGGGCCAAUGGAAACCACCAAAAUAAAUUAAUAUUCUAAGCCACUUGCACCAUCCCACUAACCCGGGAUUAACCGGUUAGAGCGUUAACCCUGUGUCAAAUUGUACUACCAGUACAAUUGACGCAUGCCGCAUCACAGCUCCGCGCUUCACUCGUCGCGGACCAGCCUGGCUUCCAGCCAUUACGACUGACGAAAGUAUCGCUGUCACGAAUGGAAACCACCAAAAUAAAUUUAUUCUAUGUGAAUAUAGCAAACCUACACGCUUAUUCGAUGAAACGGAUGAGACUUGUGGUUUGCACAUGCCUUUCGAAUAAUAAGGCCUAUAAAAAGCCUAUAAAAGCGAAUAGAGUUAGACCAAGAUAAUCAAUCAAAUGUUUAUUUCAGACAAAAAUACCCAACGUCUUUAAGUCUGCAACGAUUUUGAUAGCACACGCGCAGUGCAAGUGUUAUUUAUACGUCAUAAUUUCAUAGAAGUUUGACUUGAAAAUAACACCUGCACUGCUCGUGCUAUCAAAAUCGUUGCAGAUUUGUCCUAGUCUGACUCUAAUAUCAUGUUUGUCAUAUAGUUGCACUACACCAGGCAUUAUUUUUUUCAAGGACCUCAUAUUUAAAGUGGACGCUUAGUUAGACCAUUUCCUAGAAUCUUAUUUGAAUUUAAGGCCCUUGUUUUCUUUUUUAUUGCAAAAAAUUUGCCUGAGUUUGAACAGUUCAGCUCUGUUAAGGUUUUUAGGCCUUAUUAUUUCUAUCUAGGGGAUUUUUUCUUUAGGUUGAAUAUCUUGAACAGCCGGCCUAGCCAAGGUUACAAUCGCUAUCGCUUCGACAACGAAAACCAUUAUGUCUCUCUAUCACACUUCCAUAUUAGUGCGACAGUGACAGUUGCGUUUCGAUCGCUACGGAGCGUAAGCGAUCGGCAUCUUGGCUACGCGGCCUGUCCAGAAAGUAGGUGCGAGUUCCGCUUAAAAUGUAAACGAUAAUUAUAAAGCCUGAAUAUUUGAGUGAAAAUACAAAAAAUAUUUAGCUAUCGGGUCUAAAAAUCUAUUGGAAUUGAGUAGCUUAGCUUCAAACUCGGGUAAGUCCGUCUAUGCGAUUUUGGUAUUAAGAAAAGGUAAUAGGGUAGAUAUUUGCUGAGAGGGUCGAAUGGAUUUACCCGAGUUUGAAAGUAAGCGACACAAUUUAUGGAUAGUAACAGAGAAAAAAUUCUAGCUAAAAAGGUGCGUCAAAGGUAAGUAGGUGUUGCUCAAGUUAAGUUAGGCUUAGAUCAGCCAUGUUCCUUUGGCGCUUCGUCAAAAAACUAGCUAACAACGGAACUUUAGAUAUAAAAAUAAAUGAGUGUACCUAAACGAAUCUCGGAAAUUAUGAAAUCUGUGCUUAAAUGUUAAGGGUUUGCGGCUAAAUAUCAAAUGAAUGUGAAUAAGAUUACAAAGAUGUAGGUAAAUAGCCGGGUCCACGCAGAGAGAGCAAACGCGCGAGGCAAUUUCGGCCGAGGAGGCGCGCGCGAGGCACGUCUACACUGGCCGUUUUGUGCGCGAGGAAAUUGCCUCGCGCGUAUGCUCGCUCUGUGCGGACCCGGCUAAUAAAAUAAAUUACUAUAAGUGCCGCCCAAAUUGAUUUAAUUGUUUUAAAGUAAGGGGUAUAUGCAAACUAUUCUAUUACGUAUGAGAAAUUGCAACUAUAGUGGAGCUACUUUACUCUCACUCCCACGCUUCUAGGAGCUUAUUUUAAUAGCGAAAUAGAAGAAUAUAGUCGUAAUUCGGUUUCACUUUUUAAUAUUAUGGCAUUAUGAAACUAGGUUUCUAUAAUAGGCGUUAAUACUCUUAGUACCUACGUUUUUUAAAAGCAAUAAAUUAAAAGACAACUUCACGUGACCUAGGAAAUGCUUAGUAUUAUUACAUUAUUGCACGUUUUAUACUAAAGAAGGUUUGCGACCAAAAAUAGGAGCAAAGGUAGCAUUUUUGGAGUAUAUUUAAAUCAAGUGCCAAAUAAAUUGAAAAUUUAUAAAACUUACCAGUAAAUAUCUACUUAAUUGGUUUGAUAGGGGUCUUUUUAGGGGCAUAGGCGCAAAUUUGGGCCAUGAGGCAGGAUUGUGUCUCGUAGGAGUCGUAGGUGUAAAGAGUAGGUUAUGGCGUUAAAGGAACGCUUUAAAGUGGAUUUUGCAAUAAAGUACCUAUUCGGUAAAGAAAUGGAAUUGAUUGUGUGUUAAUCAAAGGUGCUUAUUGUGGAUGUGAAGCGAUUUAGGUGUGCUUAUUUUAGCUCUCGGCAGUUAGCCGACUCUGACUCUUAAGCCGUUAAAAUCAAUUUGACAACCGACUUUUUGUUCUACGUAGUGGGAAAAUAAUUGUGAUGAUAGGAGAAAUGUCCAAUCAUAUCGUAAAAGUUUUAAGACUGGUCAAUUUUUGAUUAAUAUCUUAAGAGUUUGGUACAAACAGCAACAGUUAACUGUCCAUCGGUGGACCUUAUUACAAAAGGCAUAAGGUCUACCGACAGUUAACAGUGUGGGCGAUGGUACUCGUAUUUAUGAAAAACUCUGAAAAGUAUAAUAAGUAAUAGAGUCAAAUUAAAGGGGCCUAAAUUAAUUACGCUGUAUAAAGCAAUUCCAUAGAAUUAAGUAACCGAAGCGAAGUUGUGUCCUUACUAAACGAACGAUGGUAUUAGGUAGGUUUUUAGAAAAAAUAAAUAGAAGAUUAACUUACAAUGUGUAUAGCGUUCAGGUAAACCUUGAUGCGUACAAACAAUUCGUAACUAGGCGAGUCCGCACAGAAUGAGCUGUCUCGCGAUGAUAUUGCCGCGCGAAGUAACUCGCAUCUGUAGACAUGCCUCGGGCGAGGCGCGUCUCCACCAACCGAGCUGUUUCGCGCGGCAAUUUCCUCACAAGUCGGCUCGUUAUGUGUGGAUUCGCCUAUUUAAAUUUUUUAGAUAACUAAAGGCUACGUGUUUUUAACAAAAAUUUACUUAAUGCUUGUUUUUUAAAUUAUUUUUUAUGGAAUUUAGUCAAAUCGUGGUAGAUAGAUAAUUCCUUGAAUAAAAUGUAUGCCUUACUAGGUAGCAUUUAGAGUAGACGUACAGUGAAACAAGGUACAGACUACAAGAUCGGUAAAGAUUAAGCGGUAUUUAUGGAAAGUGUGCCCUUUGGAAUUAUUUUCCGUUGUCAUAGAAAAUAUGUAUUUACGUAGACUCACUUGCACCCUGUACCUACAAUAAAGAAAUACAUAUUUAUUUAGAUGUUAUUUGUAAGAUUUUAACCUUCUGUACUAGUAGCAUCAUCGAGUUUGGACAAAGUACCUACUCAUUUCAUUUGCAACUUAUAAAAUACCAGCGAUCAUGCUAGCUAGUCAGAGCCCUGCUUUAUAAACCCUGGAAUACAAACGGAUGUCUCAUUAAAACCUGGAGUUGAAAAGCAUAAUCGAAAUGCAAUUGUAGGAAUGAUACUUAAUCAGCCGGUUCCAGCAGCGAGCAUACGCCCGAGACAAAACGGCCAGUGUAGACGUGCCUCGCGCGCGCCGCCUCGGCCGAGGCAAGUCUACACUGGCCAUUUUGUGCGCGAGGAAAUUGCCUCGCGCGUAUACUCGCUCUGUGUGGACCUGGCUAUCCAUAUAUGUUUAAAUGGCUGCGACAGAUAAAUUUAAAUGUUUUGUAAUAGGAUUUAUCAUAAUGUAUAUAUUGUGUACAGUAUAAACUUAGUCAGUUAAGCUCGACUGACUUAUAGAUAAUAAGAAAAAUAUUUUUUAGAUGUACAGUAUUUGUGUAUUUUUUAAAGCACAUGUGCCUACUUAAUUUAUGGAGUUUUAAUUUUUCUUUUUUCGUCUGCCAUAAACUCUUAUCUGAACUGGAAACCAAAGACAACAGUUUAUUUCCUUUUAAAAAAGCGCUAGUCUUUUUUUUAAUUUGAAACCGUUAAAAUCAAAACUAAAGUUUAAAACAUCAAUUAUCCACUGUCAGUAUGUUUAUAUUUUUAUCAGGUUGAAUGAUGAGUUUUGAAAAAUUAAUCUAGAUUCCACAUGUUUUGGUUACUUGCUUUUAACGCAGAGUGUAAGCCUUGGACCAUGAUAUCAAGUGGCACCGAAUGGGACAUAAACUUGGUCAAGCAGAUCUUGUCAGUACAAAAAGGCGGCAAAUUUGAAAAAUGUAGGCGCAAAGGGAUAUCGUCUCAUUCAAAAUUUGAAUUUCGCGGCUUUUUCUACUGACAAGAUUUGCUUGACCAUCUAUAAGUUAUCUGUCAGUCUGUGUAAUUAAGUCUGUAUAAGAGAUAGUUUAACGCCAAGCCAUUGCAUGUGCGUAAACGUGCACGCAAACAUGCGCAAAAAUUGCGGAGCCGUGCACGCACACUUCACGCAAGCGGUGUGCAAACUCAAAAAAUAUACAGUCUGACAAAAAAGAGUAGAAAUUAAAAAGUGUCAAUACUGUAGUGUCGUCCCGUUUUCUUAUAUAAAUUGAUUUGAAAGGGACGACACUACAGUGUUGCCACUUUUUAAUUUCUACUCUUUUGUCAAACUAUUAUUACUAUAUAUUACAACGUGCACGUGCAUGCCUACGCACACGCUGUGCACAGGCCAUUAUCAAUACCCGGUGGUGUUAUAACAAAAAGGUAUCUCUAUUGCGAAAAUAAAAAUGUAAUAAUUUUGAGGCAACAUUACAAAAAGGUAUUCACCAGUUAACAUCUUCAGCGGUAUGACGGCCACGCUUUUAUCGUAGCCAACUAGCCAUCACCUUCUAACAGGUAGGUAUAGAUCAUGUCAGUAGAAAAAGGCGGCAAAUUAAAAAAAUGUAGGCGCGAAGGGAUAUCGUCUCAUAGAAAAUUUGAAUUUCGCGCCAUUUUCUACUGACAAGAUUUGCUUGACCAUCUAUAUUUGAUCUAUAUCAAGUGAUGCACGCACGAUAGACGACAAAAACGCAGCCAUCAUAUUCCUACAGAGUUGCCAACUUAAAAUACUGUGAAGUUAUUGAAAAUAAUGUUGACGUAUUAAAAUAAAAUAAGAAUAUGUACCUAUACAUUAAAACUACUUGUUAUUUUAAUUUGUAAAUAUUUUAACUUAAAUUAAGUGCAUUUUGAAGGAUUACUUUAUUAGAGAUUACCACAGUAUUGUCGAACAUGUUAUUUGUUAGUAAUAACUCGAGGUAGCCAUUUUUAAUGUUAAUUUUAUUAUUUUUUUGUCCAUAUAAAAUGAAAAGUAAAUUAUUGUUACACCUUUCCAAGAUAUAAAGAACUUACUUUGUA